AUUUCCGCUAGAGGUUUGAGUAAAAAUCUGAAUUAAAGUAUCGCUGGCGUUGGGCGGUCGCACCAGUGAUGUAUAACACUGCCCUAGUAUUAGCACCAUGGACUUAUUCAUCACGAUCAUCACGAUUCUUUCCUACCAAUUUACCGGACAGUACAUUCACCACUAAAAAGAAAGAAUGUCCAUCCAUCCCUGAAGAAUUUAAUCAAGAGGAAGUAAAUCAGGAAAACCAGGAAAAUGACAUAGGAUUUGACAACACCGAAAUACUUCCGGAUAAAAACACAGGCCUUGUCGUUGACAACAACAAGAUUAAUGCUGAAACUGUAGAUCAUAGUGAUGGUAAGCUGAAUCAUGUACAUUUACUCACGUUUAUGUUGCUUUCUACUAAUUGGUACAUAGCGUACACAUAAGAACAUUGAAGUGGAAGAAACCUGGGCAAAGUUCUUAACGUUUUCGAAAUGCAGCCGAUAAAUAUUCUUAAGAUGUUCUUAAUUUUCUACCUUUACUAUAUAAAUUUAUUUAUUUAAUUUAUUUAAGUUUGUUUAUACUUUAAUGGAGAAAAUAUGCAGUCAAGCUUCACAAAGUCUUAUGUUCUUAACA